UAGUUGUUCAUUUGUCUGCCUCACCACAGCUGAGGUUUGUUUACCACAGCAGCCAGAGGUGAGGACUGUACUGUGUCUUCUGUUGGAGGUUUACAAGAAGAAAACUAUAUUAAACCAAGACUAAUAGAGGUGUAGAUAAAAUAAGGGCUCACCACACAAGAUGGGGAGCAAGUUGAAGCCUGGUGGGGUCCGUCGACACCUGAAAGAAAAAGUCGUGCAAAUGUAUGAGGACUUAUUUCAUGGAACAGACCCUUGCAUCAACAACCCUAGAUUUUGGGAGGAUCUUUUUUUACUUAAGCCAAAAAUGUCAGCAUUAGAGGGUGAAAUCAGCAGGUGCACAUCAGACCAGCUGCUGGGACUGAAGGAAAACAUCAACACACUCUUUGCCAAAUGUGUCCAGGUUCUGGCCCAUGAGCACCACAUCCGUGUAGUUAAUGCUCUUCUGACUUUGUGCAGUCUGGUCAGAGGUUUAUAUAGAAAGAUGCAAGGUGAUUAUGGCUUUGAUUUUAUCAACAUCCUCAUUGGUUUUGAUGCUGCCGAGGAACAAAUGCAGCUGCUGCUAAACCACUGUUCAAAUUUCCUCACAGGAGAAUACUGUGACAGCCUCAAAUCACUAAGUCUUAAGUUCCUGCUUGUACUGGCAACUGGAACCGACAACAUUAGUCAAAACACCGUGCUUGAAUACCUCACCAUUAACUGUAACUUUGAUGCUGUCAUACAGCUUCUGAGUCAUUCCAGUACACGCAACCAGCAUGGUCCAGAGGCUGUGCUGUACCUCAUGCUGAUGGUCAACUACCGUAAACACGAAAUGACCAACCCCUACACUGUAAACCUCUCUCUACUGGAUGAUGAACUAAUACUGAAUGGAUAUGGACAAGUCAUCACAGCUUCAUUAGCAGACUUCAAUCACAAAUACUCAGCACACUUCAUGGAGCCCCAGGGUUCAGGAUGGUUUGCAUCACUCACCUCCAUGGUUGGCUCUAUGUUCUUGUCAGAGGAGAUGGCAACCCGCAAUGAACACAUAAAGGCAAAUGAUUCCUUCUUACUGGCAUUGUAUGAGGCUGUUCAUCUGAAUCGCAAUUUCAUUACCGCACUGACCACUGCCACAGACCCAUCCACCCCGCCUUCUCCAGCCAACACCCUUGAUCGGGGCAUUACACCGCCAACUCCAGAUUCUACCGAUGCACCAAAUCCAGCACCUACUGUUGAGAUGGAGGCAUCUGUACAGCCAACCAAUCUACUGGUUACUUUCCUAGAGUACUGUUCCAUAGUGAUGCAAGACACAAAAACAGAAGAAAGUCUCAACAAUGUCAAACUGUGUUUUGUGAUCAUCACCUGUAUAGCUGAGGAUCAGUACUGCAACCUAUUGCUUCAUGAUGCCAACCUUGUCUUCACAGUACCAUUACACAGACUUCCCAUGAGACAUCGCAAGGUGAUCCCAGAAAAAACAGCCCAUGCUCGUCCUCUAGCAUGUGCAGUAUUAGAUGUCAUGGUUGAGUUCAUGAUGUCACACAUGAUGAAAAAGCUUCCAAUUGAACUGUUCCAUCAAAAUGUGAACAUCAUUCACCGCCUGUUAUGCUAUCAGAAGCGCAACUCAGUGCGACUACCAUACAACUGGAAGGAUCUCUGGGCAGCUCUAAUUGCUCUUGCCAAGUUUCUUGUUACCAAUGAGGCUUACUUGGCCAAGAAGAUGAAUAUAUUCCAGUUGGCUCAUCAGGUAAUGAAUAUCUUCAACUUGUUUAUAACAUACGGAGAUACAUUCCUGUCAACGCCCUCGAGUUAUGAUGAACUCUACUACGAAAUCAUGCGAAUGCAUCAGGUAUUUGAAAACAUGUAUUCCAUGAGUCUACGCUACUCUCGGACUGAUGGAGACUACAAAGAAAGUGCACAGAAACUGACAAACUGCCUUGGCAAUGUCAGAUCCAUCAUCAACCAUUUUACUCCCAAGUUAGACAAGUGGAGUCAAGAACAUGGUAUUUCAACUCUCACUGAGGAACAGGUGUUGGAGGUUGUGCGGAACAACUACGACAGCUUAACACUCAAACUGCACGACAGCCUUGACCAGUAUGAAAAGUAUGCUGAAAAGCCUCAACAUGCAAACUUUUUUGCUAAUAUGGUACGGAGUAUUCUCAGUGACACCAGACAGAGUAUAGAUUUUAGCGCAUUUGAAAACUUAUCAAUACUGCAAGAGUUGAGUAAUUCAACGUGAAGUUCAGUAUAGAUCAGUGUUUGAUAGCAACAACAACAGAUGACAGAACUUCAGCUUGGUUGGCAAAAACUGUUUUGCUUCCAGCUGUCAGGUAUUUUUUUUAAACAAGUUGAAAGAAUAAAAAAAAGUGGAUUUUUAAGUUGCUCAAAUGUUUCAUGAAUGGGAUUGAAAUAUGAUGAAGUAACCUAUUUAAACUGUAUAAUACUGUAUUUCUUCUAAUAUGUAAAUAUCUUUUUAGUCUGUCAGAUGAUAUAAAUGGCCCCUAUAUGUAUUCUUACUUUCAGGUGACUAAGCAUAAGAUUGAGUGUUUUCAUAUAAAAAUUAUUUUGUAACCAAGAUAAUACUAUAAUGAAGAUGCCUAGACAUAUUGUUAGUAGCCACAACCAGAUGUUUAACAUUAUUGACAUACAGUAAUUAUAAAAUCCUUCUGUAAUAUUCAAAAUAGGUAUUUAGGUGUAUUAGUGAUCAUGAACAAAGCUGUGUUAUCUUUAUCAGCAAUUAUUGCCCUCUGCUUGUGGAAUUUUAAUUUAUUCAUAAAUAUUUGUUAAUAA